UAUAUAUUAGUUUUUGGAGCACGACUAAAGUCUCUCUCUCUAGCUCGCUCUCUGUUGCUGUUAGGUUUCAGCACCGGAAAUUAGCCUCUCACUGCUUUGGAAGCAAAUGAAAAUGGGGAAAAAAGCAAAGAAAGGAAAUAGUGGUUUUGAUGAUAAUGGUUAUAAAAAGAAUGCAACGAGCCAGGUGACUGAUGGGACUGGGAAAUUUAAGAAAUCUUUCAAGCAUCACCAGAAUUCGGACUCACAAGCACCAGUUAUCAGGAAACAGGUUGAGCCUGAAACAGCAAAGUACUUUUCGGAGAUUGCAAACCUUUUUGAAAGCCAAGGAGUGGAUGUGGAGGAGCGAUCAGUUAUAUGUGGUAAUGCUCUUGAAGAAGCUAGGGGAAAGGAAUUUGAACUAGCAACAGAUUAUAUCAUAAGCAAUACUCUUCAGACUCUACUCGACGGCUGUAAUUUGGACAAUCUAUGCAGUUUCCUUCGAGGCUGUGCAAAUAUCAUUCCUGCUAUUGCAAUGGACAGGUCUGGUUCUCAUGUAGCUGAGACAGCUUUUAAGUCAUUAGCCAGGCAUGUUCAGGACACAGAAGCCUACACCAUUAUUGAAGAGACUCUGAAAAUGAUAUGCAAGGUUAUUGUUGUCAAUCCCCUUGAUUUAAUGUGCAAUUGCUAUGGAUCUCACGUUCUUCGAAGUCUUCUUUGUCUCUGUAAAGGAGUACCACUGGACUCCCCAGAGUUUCAUGGAGCAAAGGGAUCGAAAGUUCUAGCAGAGCGGUUAAAUUUAAAAGUAUCUCACCUGGAUGGGAAUGAUUCCCAGCACCUCCAGCAAGGAUUUCCAAGUUUAUUGAAAUUUCUUGUAUCAGGGAUGAUGAACUGUACAAAAGAAGAUAUGAAGACCCUACAAGUUGAUCAGUAUAGCAGUUUGGUUCUGCAGGCAUCUUUGAAGUUAUUAGGCGGGAAUGAUCAAGAAUUGCUGCACAUAAUUCCAGUUCUUCUUGGCUGCAACAAGGAAAAUUUAGCUGAAGGAAAGUUCAUUGACAUGAUCAUUGCUGGUGAAACUGUAGAAUCAAUGAAAGAACCCGCAUUUAGCCAUUUAAUGGAAGUAAUUCUGGAGGUCGCACCUGAAAGCCUGUAUAAUAAUAUGUUGACAAAGCUUUUGAAGAAUUCAUUGUUUGAGCUUUCAUCCCAUCCUUGUGGAAACUUUGUUGUUCAAGCAUUAAUUUCCCAUGCAAGAACAAAAGAUCAAAUGGAGCUGAUCUGGGAAGAGCUUGGGUUGAAAUUUGCAGAUCUUCUCAGAAUGGGGAGAUCAGGAGUUAUUGCUUCCCUUAUUGCUGCUUGUCAAAGGUUUCAAACUCAUGAAUAUAAGUGUUGCGAGGCACUUGCUACCGCUGUUGGUUCAAAAAAUGAGACUUCCAAGUUCAUUGUUCCUCGGAUACUGUUUCUUGACAGUUACUUCAGCUAUGACGAUAAGUCUAGUUGGAGCUGGCCUGGCGGUGCUAAGAUGCAUGUUAUGGGUUCUUUGAUUCUGCAGGCUAUUUUUAAAUUCCAAAGUGAAUGGAUACAGCCUUAUAUUCUGAGUAUUACAUCCAUGGACGCUGAGCAUGUUCUUGAGGCAGCUCAAGAUGCUCGAGGAGCGCGGGUUAUUGAAGCAUUUCUUGCUUCAGAUGCUUCAACAAAGCAGAAGCGCAGAUUAGUUGUGAAGUUACGUGGACAUUUUGGGGAGCUUGCAAUGAACCUAUCUGGUUCUUUUACUGUUGAAAGAUGCUUCAAUGCUGGUAACUUGUCACUAAGGGAAGCCAUAGCUUCUGAACUAUUAGCUGUACGAACUGAACUCUCCAAGACCAAACAAGGCCCGCAUCUGCUUAGGACAUUAGAUAUUGACAGAUAUGCUACCAAACCUGAUCAGUGGAGGUCAAAACAAGCAUCAAAACAAUCAGCCUAUAAUGAAUUCUUUGUUGCCUUUGGCUCUAGCGAGUCUAAAUCAACAAAAAGUAACAAACUCCUUUAUAAUGCUUCUAUGGACACAUCAGAGCAUGAAGAAUUGAACAUAAAGAAAGAUAUAGACGGGUCUCUCAUUUCCACUUCCGUGGUUGAUGAUACCUCUUCAGAGAAGAAAGGAAGAAAGAAGAGAAAAAGAGAUGUGGCCUCUGAGGAUGCAGUUGGUUCUAACAGGGCAAUAGAAAAGGCUGUAAAGAAUUUUCUCUCAUCCAGUACACCAGAUAAGAAACGGCACAAUGCUUCAAACCAGAGACUGAAAAUUUGAACGUUUAGGAUACAAUGCGUUUUGCUGACGGUUUCUGAUAGCCGACUUGAGCUGCAUCAUGUUAUAGGCUAAGACUGAAAGUUAUUUUGUUUCUGUUUACAUUCUCCAAGUUGAGAUAAAUUUUGGGUGUGCCAAGCAUUUUGGCUAGGGUAGAAAACAUAAACCUUCCUGGGAAAGUGGGAACCUUUCUUGUUGUAUCCUAUCAUUUUAUACCAAAUUAUGGCAGUUUGGCAAUAGAAAUUGACAGAUUACGGUACCAAAA